AUGGUUGGCGGUUCAACGCACUGUGUUUGUAAGAAAGGAACCGUUCGGCCGCAAGGUUCUCCGCGCUGUGUCCCAGAGCCACUGCUUCAGCAGUACCUCAACAAUAUCAUCGGAAACUGUACAGAAAUACAAAAAGACUUGAUCGAAGUUUAUGGGCCGAAAGUUAGCUUCUCCUCUGAAUCAGCACGACGAGCGUACGCGCGUAAGGAGCAGGAAUGCGACGCAAAUGCCAAAAAUCCAUGCAAAGGUUACGGUGAGGCGUGCCUGCCAGAUUCAUCCGGCCGAUAUCGCUGCGCUUGUGUAAACAACGGUAGUCGAGUGGAUGGUGUAUGUUUAGUGAAUGAAUGUGCGAAAGCGGAACUGAAUGAUUGUGAUCCGAACGCCUCAUGUAUGGAUAGCGUGUUAUCCUACGAGUGCUUCUGCAAUGAGGGAUUCAUCGAUAUGUCAACUUCACCGAAAACGCGACCAGGCAUAAAAUGCGCCAAAUGUCUGUUUUUGAAAUUACGCUAUUUCUACCUAUUUCGAACCUCACGGAUGAACUUUAAUUUACCAAAAUAA